CUCCUCAAAUCUCAAGUUAGGAGCCUAAAUGAAGAGCCUCUUGGAGAUGCUCUUAGCAGCUAUCAUCAUUUGAAUAUUACCAUCUCACCUAUUCAACCUUAGAGUCUUCACCCAAUUAAGUUUUAUAGGUAUUGUGUAUUGUGUUGUCAUAUGUUAGGUGUACUUUCUCAUCUAUCUGGGCUCACCCCACCUCAAAAGUCUCGAUUUUGACGUUAUAAUCUUCAUUUUUGUUACGUUUUAAUCAUUUCUAGCUCAGAAAUUCACAUUCUCUGGCCCCCUUUAUUUUUUUCUAUUUUUAUAGACCUAGUUGGUCCUGGAAAUGGUGCAGAUUUAGCUGAAUGGGCGUUUGAUUUUUGGAGUUUAGUUGUGUUUUCUUGUUGUUUUUGGCUGCUUUGUGUUGAUUUGGGAUCUGGGUUUGCUCAAAGAUUUUGUUUUUAUGUGGGUUUUCCGUUGAUUUUGGAACUAUAUAGAUCCAAGGCUCAAACCCUAAUGAGUUCUUGAAAGUUUUUCUUUUUUGAGUUUUUAGGUCAAAGGGUCUCCAAGAUUUCUUGUUUGUAAAGAAUAGGGAAAAUGGUGGCAGGAAAUAAUCUGUUUUACCCAAUUGUUGGAUUUGCAUCAUGUGUUGCUUUUAUAUACAUGUCUUUUGGGGACUUGUGGGUUGAUAUUCAUGGUGAAGCUGAGCAGCCGUUGAGUUUUGUGGAAAGAAAUGGGACACAUUUUAUGUUGGACGGCAGGAUAUUUUACAUUAAUGGGUGGAAUUCAUACUGGUUUAUGGACCAUGCUGUGAAUUCGUAUAGCAAACCAAGAAUCAAGCAAAUGUUGCAAGCAGGUGCGAAGAUGGGUCUCACGGUGUGUCGAACUUGGGCUUUUAAUGAUGGUGACUACAAUGCACUCCAGAUUUCCCCUGGUCAAUUUGAUGAGCAAGUAUUCAGGGCCCUAGAUUAUGUCAUUGCAGAAGCCAAGCAACAAAAGAUCAGGCUUCUGCUUGCUAUAGUCAAUAACUUACAAGCUUAUGGAGGCAAGACUCAAUAUGUUAAGUGGGCAUGGGAAGAAGGCCUUGGUUUAAGUGCCUCUAAUGAUUCGUUCUUCUAUGAUCCAUCCAUUCGUCGUUAUUUUAAACACUAUAUCAAGACUGUUCUGACAAGAAAGAAUACGAUCACUGGAAUUGAGUACAGAGAUGAUCCGACCAUUUUUGGAUGGGAGUUGAUUAAUGAGCCCAGGUGCAUCACUGAUGCAUCAGGCGACACCCUUCAAGAAUGGAUAGAAGAGAUGUCAUCUUUUGUGAAAGCAAUUGACAAGAAGCAUUUAUUAACUGUGGGCCUUGAAGGAUUUUAUGGCCCUAAAAGUCCGAAAAAUUCAACUCAAAAUCCAGAAUUUUGGGCAGCAGACCUUGGGACUGAUUUUAUUCGCAACUCAAUGCCUUCAACCAUAGACUUUGCGUCUGUUCAUAUAUAUCCUGACCACUGGACUCAUGUGGAAGAUUUAGAGUACAAACUAAAUUUUGUGUCUAGAUGGAUGCGUUCUCACAUUGAAGAUGGUGACAAAGAACUCAAGAAACCUGUGAUGUUCACUGAAUUUGGAUUAUCCAGUCAAAACAAAGGUUUUAACCCAGCUCAGCGAGAUAGAUUCUACAAAAUUGUUUUCGAUCUCAUAUAUGAAUCUGCUAAGAAGAAAGGAUCCGGAGCAGGGUCUUUUGCCUGGCAGUUCUUUGUUGGAGGAAUGGAAGAAUACAACGAUGAAUUUGGGAUUGUACCGUGGGAGAGACGAUCCACAUAUAAACUGAUAACCGAACAAUCAUGCAGACUGGCAAGAAUCGGAGGAGCACUUCCCUGGCAAAGUGAGUACCUCAAGAAAGUAUGUUGACGUUGAUUGUAAACUAGAUGGAAUAUGUGGGUUGAUUUGAGAUCACCCAAGGGAGGAAGAUUACAGUUAAUUUUGUACCACUUCUUUAUAUAUAGAGGUAGAUAUAAUAUGUAACACGAAUCAUGAAUCAAGAUGAGAAACAUAUACUCAGAUUUUCAUCUCUCAA